AUGAUCAACAUGAACAUACUUCUGGACAUUGGAAUUUGUUUGUCAUUGGCAUUUGUAGCAUCAGUAAGGUUUAAUCGACGAAGGACAGAGGAUAGCACACACGCAACUUGGUCCCUCAUCAUGGUCCAACUUUGUGGAGUUCAACUUGGUCGACUGCAACCGAUUCCCCAAUACCGUCUAUAUUAUGCGGAAGCAGACCUUCUCAAUUUCAACCAAGAUCCAGACAAGACCGUUCCCGGCUGUGACGUUGAAGUAAUCCCAGAUUAUUGCAUCCUACUCCAUCGCGCGGUUUUCAUGCCGGAUAUCCGCCUCAGAACUGAUAAAACCUUCCGGAAUCUACUCAGCAGCAUCAGUCCCCUCAAUCUGCCAUACCAUUCUAUACGUAUCUCUACGUCUUUCAUCCCUGUACUGGUAGAACUGAAGAGGCCAGUUAGUCGUAAUUGUGUGGACAUCCAGCAAUUCAUGAGCGAGCUUGUUGUGUUUAUGCAGAAUGCUCAGGAACAAGUGGAACAUCAGGCCCUCUGUCUAUUCUCGAUGCCCAAUUUCUACCGUCAAAGCUAUGUUGUGGCUAUCGCAGCAGUGGGCGAAUGGUGGUGUCUUCGAGUCUUUCGGCGUUCCGAUUUUAAGAAGGUAUUCAAUAAAGAAGAUUAUCUAGACAAAGUCGAAUCUAGGGAACAGCGUGAGGCCGGGAUCAAGGAAGGUAGAACGACGGACUCGGAGGAUUUGGUGCAGCCUAAUCAAAUAGAUGAGAUGAAAGGAAUGCUUGUGCCUUUAGAAGAAAGCACUCAGGAGAUGCAAGAGCGACAGAAACAAGAAAGAGAGGCCAGAUGGCGAAAGAGACAAGAGUCAAAGAAUGCCAGGAUCCAAGGAUAUCAUGAAUGGCACACCUUUGUUAACAGAACACAAUCAGGCAUGACUGGAUACAGCGAGAAGGACAUGAACAAAUAUGUUCGACUUUUCUCAAUUUGGAACCCAACCUGGACAGAUUGGUGGGGAACUCAAGACUUUGUCGAGUUGGGAGAUCCCGAAGGUAACCGAGACCUGCUUCAAAUAAAAGGAUGGUCCAAAGUUAUGCGCCUUGGUUCUCAAGCUUCCAGCUACUGGUUGGAUCAGGUGCAAGAGGACUUGAGUGGUUGGGUGCAUCGCAAUGACAUCGAGGAUGAUCAUCAAUGA